AUGCAAAUGUCACACGUCUCCUUAAGUUUGAAGGAAUUUAAUGGAAAUAAUAAUGAAAACGUUGUGACUUGGGUUGUGUCUUUGGAAGAAUUGUUCGAGAAUCAACAUAUGACAGAUAGUGAAAGAAUAACAAUGGCGUCGAGUGUUUUGAAUGGAACGGCAUUACAAUGGUUCGUAAAUUUACGUGUGCGGGGUAAGCGUCCCACAUCGUGGAGUGAAUUCAAAGAACAACUGAAGUCAGCAUUUCAAUCAACAGAUUUUCAAGAAAAUCUUCAUCAACAAUUAAUGCAAUUAAAACAAAAACUAAUCCCUAACUUCUAG